UUUACUCACAACCUGCAGUUUAAGCUCAUGAACUGAGUUCAGGAUACUAGCUACCUAUCAAAUGCAUGCCAUGAGGCAGAUCCACAAACUUAUUCAGCAUAUAGCUCGCUAGCUAGCAGCUACCUAGCAAUAAACCCUUGGGCAGGGACGAAGAUCGAUCGAUGGAUUGGAUAGAGGACGGCAUCGACAAAGUCGAAGAGGCUAACGAGGUCGAUACACAUGUACACAUCAAUAAAUCUUACCUAGCAAGCUAGUUUAUGAUGAUCACACUCACCAAACUCUUCACAGCCAGGAUGAAUCUUUGACAAGACCGUCGAAAAAGACUAGCGUCGGAAGCCGCCAUUUUGCUCAUGAUGUCUUGCACGGAUAUAUACACCACAGAGCUAGCAGCGGUAGUGAUCGAUGGAGUUUAACAUCGUACACAUCACUGCAGACUGCCAGCUCGUCUACGCCAAUAAUGGACGACGACUCCAACCCGCCGUUGAUGGCCACGUACAAGCAUCUCUUCGACACGCAUCCGCACCGUCUAGACGCUGGCGACCGGACAAACGACCACGACGAGUGCGACCUCCCGGUGAUCGACCUCGCCAGCCUCGGCGAGGAGCAGUGCCGCGCGACCAUCGUGCGCGCGGCGUCGGAAUGGGGCUUCUUCCAGGUGACCAACCACGGCGUGCCGCAAGCGCUGCUGGACGAGCUGCACGAGGCCCAGGUGGGCAUCUUCCGGCGGCCCUUCGAGCGCAAGGUGCGCAAGCCGCUGCUGGACUUCUCGCCGGAGAGCUACCGCUGGGGCACGCCCACCGCCACGUGCCUGGAGCAGCUGUCGUGGUCGGAGGCCUACCACAUCCCCAUCACGCCGGCCUCUGAGUCUGAGACCGCCGGUGACAAGAUCAGGCUAGUGAUCGAGCAGGUUUCGUCGGCGAUGUCGCAGUUGGCGCAUCAGCUGGCACGGAUCCUCAUUGGAGGUUUGCCGGGAGACGAAGAUGACGCGGAGAUGAUGACAAGGUGCACGCGGAACACGUGCUUCCUGCGGCUGAACCGGUACCCGACGUGCGUUGCGGCGAGCAGCGCCUUCGGUCUGUGCCCGCACACCGACAGUGACUUCCUGACCAUACUGCACCAGGACAGCGUGGGCGGUCUGCAGCUCCUCAAGGCCGGGCGGUGGCUCGCCGUGAAACCCAACCCUGGCGCGCUGAUCGUGAACGUCGGCGACCUGCUGCAGGCGCGGAGCAACGACCUGUACCGGAGCGUGGAGCACCGGGUGAUGACGAGCGCGGCGCGCGAGCGGUUCUCCAUGGCCUUCUUCCUCUGCCCGUCCUACAACACCCUCAUCCGGCCACGCUGCACCGGCGAUCCUCCCUUGUACGCGAGCUUCACCUUCGGUGAGUACCGGAACAAGAUCAGGGAGGACGUCAGGCUCACGGGCCGAAAGCUCGGCCUGCAACGCUUCCGUCUGCAGGUCCAAGGCGGCCUCUUGUGACGUUGGAGGCCCAAACUACUGCUCACUUGAAUCCUACAUUGUUAGAUAGACCUACAUUCUUCUAAUUGCCUCUAUCAAAAUAUAUUGCCCUUAUUAUUUGGUGUGUUAGUCUAUGUAUAUAUGCAUCUUCGAUCUGUUGUAAAUAGAAAUAUAUACAGUCAUUCAUGUGACUUGUAUGUG